CAAUGCAGCAGCAGCAUCGACAGCCUGAGCUGGUGGAAGGAAGCCUUCCCGUGUUCGUGUUCCCCACGGAUCUCGUCUUCUACGCAGAUGACCAGACAUCCCACAAGCAGGUGCUCACCCUCUACAAUCCCUAUGAGUUCGCCCUCAAAUUUAAAGUGCUCUGCACAGCGCCAAACAAGUACACUGUGGUGGACGCCACCGGAGCCGUCAAGCCACAAUGUUGCGUUGACAUAGUAAUCAGACACAGAGACGUGCGGGCAUGCCAUUAUGGGGUGUACGACAAGUUCCGGCUGCAGGUGUCGGAGCAGAGUCAGCGGAAAGCCCUGGGUCGCAAAGAGGUGACGGCCACGCUCCGCCCCUCUGCCUCACAGGAGACGCCCAGCCCCCGGCCCCACGAUGACGAACGCAGAAUCAAGGAGCAGUUUGCCGAAAGCGAGUUUUUUGAACAAACUGCGUUUCAGACAGAGAGCCGUCCUGUUGCUGGAGGACCCAGUCUGCUGACGGUGCUGCUGGGGCUGGUGUGCAUGGCCGCCCUGAUGCUCCCGACACUGGGGGAGCAAGAAUCUACUGUGCCUGUCUACCUCCACUUAAGUGUUAACAAGAAACUCGUAGCUGCUUAUGUUCUCGGUCUCCUUACAAUGGUCAUCCUACGCACAUGACGCGCUUUGAGCUGAGUGAGGAGGGGGGGAUGAUCUAAAAGACCGAAGAGAACAUUCUCACACCAGAGGCACUACUACGCUUCGGUGUGUAGAGCUGACAGCAGGGGCUUCGGGGAAAUAUAAUUAUUCAACUCACCCUGUCCCCUGAAACAUACAUUUUAGCAUACUUUCUUUUUGUGUUGAUACAUUUUCACUAUACUGAACUGAUGCAAACAGCAGAGACCUCCGGAGAGGAGCCGUCCCUGAACGGGGCCUGUGAAGAAACAUGAGGCCAUUCAGAGUGUUGCCGGGCCUCAUGUUUCCCUGUCUGUAUUUUUAUUGCCAUUAUGUAACCAAGUGGUCAAGGUGAGUGUGAAGGAAUCAUACAUGCCAACUUGAUACAUGUAUAUAAAGCCAUUAAAGUUUUGUUAUGGUUCUCACCUGUAACCAUCGUUAAACUGAUGCUUCAAAGCGUUGUGUCAGUGUCGACCCCCAAGGAGUGUGCAGGACUGUGCAUCCACGCAGUGCAGUUUGCAUGUGUGGAUACGGAUCUGAAUGAGUUUUUAUUUUUUACCACAGUACUUUUACAUGUCACCAAAGGAAAGAUCUUUUUGUUUGCCGUAUUAUAAUCAAUGCACCAUUGAACAUUUAAUAAAAGGCUCCAUACGUC